ACAAAUUCGACUAUAAUGGGAUACUAUAUCGUGUGGAAUCCAGGAUGGAAGUUGAGUAUUUAAGCACAUGCUAGAAACAAAAUUCUACGAGUUAUAGACGGCUUUGAUUCCUGGUGACUGGUAGUCCGGUAAAAGUCCCUGACCGCGGCACGGUGCAGUUUCUCCCAGGUAGCUCGGUUGCGAUUUCCAUACCAGGGACGCAGAGAAUCUUUCGGGGGAAGAACAGUCGGUGAAUCACCCACCCUCUAACUUCAGAACAGUCCUCUACUUUCUAAAGCCGGGAAAAUUUGUGGUUUUUUAACAGUCAGAUCUCAACUAUUUGAUAAUCCACAUGGAAAGUGAAGGGAGUUAGAGUGCAUUGAACUCGUCAACUUCAACACAGUGUCAGUGUUUGGCGGGCUUCAGAUAGUGGCGUUCGACUAUUUUAUACGGCACACGUGUAUAGGGAGCGCAUAGUGUGGUUUUUAAGAUGGCCAAGUGUGCGGUUACUGCUAAUGACUCCAAAGGAGCACUACAUCUUUAUUGUGUUUUGAUGGUUUUGGUUACGGUGGCAACUGUUUGUAUCAACGCAGAAGCACAUUCGAGUCGGGUUCCUUCAUCAGUUUUGUUUGCAAUGAAAGAAGUCAGAACAAUAGAAGACUUGUUACAACUAUUGGAACAACGAGAAACUGAAAUGAAGACAACCACAUCAAAACACAUUCCUUGGAGUCAAAGACAAGAAAAAGAAAGUUGGGAAGAUGAUGAUGAAGAUAGCGACGACGAUGAUGACGAUGAUGAUGAUGAUGAUGAUUGGGAAGAUGAUGAAGAGGAGGGUGGUGUAUAUCAACCUGACAAUAAGAAACCUGACCCCGGUGUCCUGUCUGGUAUGGCUGAGCAGAUGGGGCUGAAGUUAACAUCCUCAAAGUUUUAUGAUGUUGCCGAGCUUCCUCCAUGCAUCCCGAGAGAGUCUUUAGUAACAGUCCCUACAGAUCCCAAUGAGCCUAAUGUAAUCUACUGGCCAUCGUGUGUUACCGCUAAACGGUGUGGAGGUUGCUGCAGUAAUGAACUAUUUGACUGCCAGGCAACACGAUCAGAAAUAGUGCAAAAAGACGUCGUCAAAAUGGAGUACAAUCCCAAAGUCUCUCCCAGCCUUCAGUACGGUGGGAUCGUUUCCAAAAACAUCACGCAGGACACCAACUGUAGCUGCCAAUGCAAGGUCAAGUCCCAAGACUGCGACCCUGCCACCCAGCUUUACAGCAACUGCCAGUGCAAGUGCAGGGCGUGGGUCAGUUGCCCACCUAGGAAGAUCUGGGACCCCGUCAGGUGUCGGUGCACCUGUAGUGCUCCGUCGUCUCAGAGAACGUGUUCCCGGUUACGGCAGUUUUGGAGCGAUGAUUCUUGCAGUUGUAGAUGUAGGAAAGAUCUUGAGGCAAGAUGUAGAGCCCCUCAUGUUUUUAACCGCAAACGAUGCAAAUGUGAGAGGCGGUCCACACAAUAGACUCUUGAUCAGAGAAAAGUCGAGAGAUUUCGAAGGAAGUUUUCAUCAAGAUCGACAACCUUUACGGUGACUGGAAAUCAAUCAAGUUCAGCGAAUGUUUGUCCGUCAGACAUGCAUGCAUGAUAUUUGGUCCUUUGGGAAAAAGUAGGACAUUUUGUUUAACAAGUACAUUGUUUAGGCUUACAUUUUCAGGUUAUUCAAUCACAAUUUUCCCAGAUUUUUCCCAAGGUCAAAAAAGUCAGCUAAAAGUAGGACAAAUAUCAUGCUUGCCUUAAAGUCUCUUAUUGCGAUUUGACCCAAAAAUUUUGAUUUAAAAUUCAAUAGGUAUUUUGA